AUGAUCUCCCAAGUCUCAACCGACAUUCCGCUAGCAGAAGACGAUCCUGUAAUCGGCUUCCCAAAGAAAGAUCUAAUUGGCCUUGAUCUACCACACAAUGACGCUCUUGUCAUCAGCAUUCAAAUCGCUCAGGCCAUGGUCGACCGAAUCCAUGCAGACGAGGGCAGUGCGCCAACAUCCUACAAUUGA